GCGGCGGGCGGGCGGCAGGACGGGCGAGCCGAACGAGGCGGCCCGCCAUCCACCAUGUCCGUCAGCGUCCAUGAGAACCGUAAAUCCCGCAGCAGCACGGGCUCGGCGAACAUCUCGGUCUUCCACAAGGCCUCCCACCCGGACUGCGUCCUAGCCCACCUUAACACCCUGCGCAAGCACCGCAUGUUCACGGACGUGACCCUGCGGGCCGGCGACCGUGCCUUCCCCUGCCACCGGGCCGUGCUGGCCGCCUCCAGCCGCUACUUCGAGGCCAUGUUCAGCCACGGUCUGCGGGAGAGCCUGGACGAGGCGGUCAACUUCCAUGACAGCCUCCACCCGGAGGUGCUGGAGCCGCUGCUGGACUUCGCCUACUCGUCCCGGAUCGUCAUUAACGAGGAGAACGCCGAGUCCCUGCUGGAGGCCGCGGACAUGCUGCAGUUCCCCGACGUGCGGGAUGCAGCGGCCGAGUUCCUGGAGAAGAACCUCUUCCCGACCAACUGCCUGGGCAUGAUGCUCCUGUCGGAUGCCCACCAGUGCCGGCGGCUCUACGAGCUGUCCUGGCGCAUGUGCCUGGCACACUUCGAGGCCCUGCAGCGGAGCGAGGACUUCCGCAGCCUGUCCAAGGCCACGCUGCUGGACCUGAUCUCGAGCGACGAGCUGGAGGCGGAGGACGAGCAGGUGGUCUUCGAGGCGGUGGUUCGCUGGGUCCGGCACGACCCAGGGCGGCGCCGGGCCCACCUGCCGGAGCUCCUGGGGGGCGUACGGCUGGCCCUGCUGCCCGCCGACCGCCUCCAGGAGGCGGUGGCUUCCGAGCCACUGAUUGCGGGGGACGAGCGCAGCCGGCUGCUCGUGGCCGAGGCCCUGCGCUACAAGGAGCGGAUCCUGCAGGAUGCUGGGGCGGUCCCCGGCCCCUGGGCCCGGCCCCGCAAGGCCGGGCACACCCUGCUCAUCCUGGGCGGCCAGACCUUCCUGUGCGACAAGAUCUACCAGGUGGACCAGCAGGCCAAGGAGAUCAUCCCCAAGGCCGACCUGCCCAGCCCCCGCAAGGAGUUCAGCGCCUGCGCCGUCGGCUGCAAGGUGUACGUGACGGGGGGCCGUGGGGCCGAGAACGGGGUCUCCAAGGACGUCUGGGUCUACGACACCGUCCGUGAGGAGUGGGCCAAGGCCGCCCCCAUGCUCAUCGCCCGCUUCGGCCAUGGCUCGGCCGAGCUGGAGAACUGCCUGUACGUGGUCGGGGGCCAUACGGCCGUGGCAGGGGUCUUCCCGGCCUCCCCGUCCGUGUCCCUGAAGCAAGUGGAGAAGUUCGACCCGGAGACCAACAAGUGGGCCAUGGUGGCCCCGCUCCGGGAUGGUGUCAGCAACGCCGCUGUGGUCAGCGCCCAGCUCAGGCUCUUCGUCUUUGGCGGGACCAGCAUCCACCGGGACCUGGCAGCCAAGGUCCAGUGCUACGACCCGGGCCAGAACCGCUGGACCAUCGAGGCGGAGUGCCCCCAGCCCUGGCGCUACACCGCCGCCGCCGUGCUGGGCAGCCAGAUCUUCAUCAUGGGCGGCGACACCGAGUUCACCGCCGCCUCGGCCUACCGCUUCGACUGCGAGACCACCCGCUGGACGCGCAUCGGCGACAUGACAGCCAAGCGCAUGUCCUGCCACGCCCUGGCCUCGGGUAAUAAGCUCUACGUCGUGGGCGGCUACUUCGGGACGCAGCGCUGCAAGACCCUGGACUGCUAUGACCCCACCUCGGACACCUGGAACUGCGUCACCACGGUGCCUUACUCGCUUAUCCCCACCGCGUUUGUCAGCACCUGGAAGCACCUUCCGGCCUGAAGGGGCUGCCACCCGGGAGCCCGCCGAGAUGCCGCCGUCACUGCCUUUAGCCUCAUCUGUUGGCUGGAGCCUGCCUGGGCACCCCCGCAACCCCGGCCUUCUCCAGAGAGCUGAAAACGGAGCGUGACCUCACCCCUUCCUCCCUCCCAGCAGCCCUGACCUGCCAAGGGCUGAGCCACGGUCCCCGCUCCAUGCCGGCUGGGCUGGGAAAGAGUGACCAGGCCCUGCUCACCGGACUGCUGGUUUCUUGACAGAAGAGACGAUGCUUCCACAGGCUCCGGGUGGUGGUGGGAUUGGGGGGUCCCAAGUUGUUUUUUUGCCGAAGUAGUUGUUGGGGAAGGGAAGUGGAGAGAGCAGGAUGAGGGGUGAUGGGGGAAUGGCUUCUGUUGAAGUAAGAAAGAAGUAAGAUCCUUAACUGUUAAUGCCCUUUUCUCCUCCUUAAAAGGCCCAGAGGAUGAAGGGGGCCAGAGCACCAAGACCCAAGUAGGACUUAUGCCACAGCUGGAGUUGACGACCUGCUCCCACCCACCCUUGCACACAGCGUCUUAGCUGGGAUCUGCUGGGACCUGGGAUCCAAGUUUUGGUUUAGCGGGUGACGGACUGGGGCUGAGCAGGGUGGGUUUGAAUUUCUGAGGAACAUUGUCGGGGGAUUAGAAGAGGUUGCUCACAGGAGGCACUGGGAAAGAUUUCAUUGAGGAGAGGAGUGGGUUGUGGGUGAGAGGGUGGCUGGCCCUGCGUGGGCGACUUUGAGGCAGCCGUUGGGGCUCAGUGAACGCCUGAGACACAACUCUUGAAGCAGCAGAACCUCUUGUGCACCCUACCAUAGCCCUACAUGGGCUGUGGGCGAAAACUUCUUGAUUAGGGAAGAGUGGGAUGGGAGUUACCUUCAGUGCAUUCUAUCUUCCCUCUCCGAAGGAAGGAAGAGCAUUCUUCCUUCCUUCUUCCUCCCACUCCAUCAACAGUGCCUCUGCAGUUCUCCCCUCCCAGAAGAGGCUCAAAAUGGGCCCUUCCUGCUCCUGCUCAGAGCAGGACCCUGGGGGUGGAGCAGUUACUGGGGAGAAUGAGGUAGAGGGGUGCGCCCAGGUCAGUCAAGUGCUUGGAUAACCCCAAAUUGCUUGUCCCCCUUUUCCCUUUUCCACUAACAGGUGGGACUUCCAGGGCCAUAGUAAUGGGUUCUGCUGCUCUGAAUACACCCUCCUCCCACCCGACGACUACAGCUCCCCCAGCUGAACGGGGCUGGACAGAGGCCAUAUCUCCCAGCAUGCCCUGGCCUUCUUUUGCCUGCCCACAGAGCUGUGAGUAGGGGGCCGGGGAAGACUGAAGGACGGAUGUGCCCCAGGGCCAGUGUGGAGAUCACACAUUGGGCACCACUCAGCCUGGAGAGCCACAGGGUAACCAGAUUUGUGGCCUUUUAGUCUACCCACCUCUGGGCGGGGAGGUACCCCCGAGGUUUGCUGCAGUUAAGGCUUCCAUGUGUAAUGUCUUGCAGGGAAGUUAAUUCUGUCCCCUCAUCUGCCAGAGUGCAGCGGAGGGUGGGUUCUGCACCUCUCCCAUCCUGGGAGGCCCCUCUGUUGACAGGCUCCAACAUGCCUCCCCAUUCCCGAAGGAAGAUGCCGGCACCUCGGUGGUCUUGGGCAUCUGGGAGGGAGGAAAGAUCUAUUCCCACCUGUGCCCUGCGCUUUGGUGAGGAGUGACCAAUGAUCCCAGGGAGGCUUCCUCUGGCUCCCCCAAACCUCCCUGGAGUUCCUGAAAGCACAUGCCCCAGUGACCUUGUUGGGAAUGGUUAGCUGAGAAGAGCACACACACUUUCAUACAGCCUUGGCUUGCUCAAAAGGUUUCGCCCAGUUUACUGAAAAUUGUGUAGCUUUGACCCAGUUUUCUAACAAUAAAGGAUUCUAGGAAUUGUGGGA